UUGGCUCUUCCUUUUUCCCCUUCUCAAACUUCAGAUUCUUUACGAAGUCUAGUGUGAUUUAUUAGGGAGGAAAAAAAUUUCUUGGUGAAGUGACAGGAGGAUACAGCCAAAAAUGAUUUUCAUCUGACCCCAUUAAAGGUCAUUGCAUAUCACACCAAUCACCAUAAAGAUAAGAACAUUAAGCAAACAGUGGCAAUGAAUGCGAAAUAAAAGGGUCACAAAGUGAGGAGGCACAAGCAUUAGAAUGCUUUGUAUUGUGCUUAUGGAAAGUUACUACUAUACUGGCUGGCCUCUUGCCACCAACGUGGCUCAAUGCAACUCUGCACCAAACAGUGAUCAAUUAUCUCCUUUUUCAGUGCCAACACAAAUAGCUUCUGACCCUGCCACUCUUCAAUUUGGUGAGUUUCCUUCUUGGCCUACACCUAUUGAAGAUAGAGCUGCAAGUGCUUCCAAGAGCCACAGCCAAGCAGAGAAGAGGCGCAGGGACAGGAUCAAUGCACAGCUUGCAACUCUCAGAAAACUCAUUCCCAAGUCUGAUAAGAUGGACAAGGCAGCAUUACUAGGGAGUGUGGUAGACCAUGUGAAAGAUCUAAAGAGAAAAGCCAUGGAUGUGAGCAAAGCCAUUACUGUUCCAACUGAAACCGAUGAAGUAACAAUUGAUUACCACCAAGCUCAAGAUGAAAGCUACAACAAAGUAAACAUAUUGAAGGAAAACAUCAUUAUCAAAGCUUCUGUUUGCUGCGAUGAUCGACCAGAACUGUUCCCUGAGAUCAUCCAAGUCCUUAAAGGCUUGAGACUCACAGCAGUUAAGGCUGACAUAGCCAGUGUUGGUGGCAGAAUCAAAAGCAUAUUGGUUAUUUGCUCAAAGGAUAGUGAAGAGGGUAAUAGUGUUUGCCUUAGCACCCUCAAACAAUCCCUUAAAUCAGCAGUGAACAAAAUUGCUUCGUUAUCUGUGGCAACAAACUGUCCCACUAGAAGUAAGAGGCAGAGGUUCUUCUUGCCUUCUCAUUAUGUGCAAUAAUUCAUUGCAAUUUUGUUUUUUAAUUUUUUUAAUUCUUAGGGGGUCGUGUCGGUAGGUGAAAUUAUUAUUGGUUUCAUUUUUCAACAUUUGAUUACUCAUCAGAUUGUAUAAACUAAGGAAAGUGUUAGUGGUAGUUUUGUGCCUACAGUUAUGGUAGUUUACACGGAAAUUAAAAGGAAGCUGGUUAAGCAUAUUCAAAAACCA